GGACGGAGCCCAGCCAAUCAAGGAGUUCGGCCAGACGGAAGCCGUGAGGCUACCGGAAGCUGCCCAGAGGUUCCGACCGGAAAGCGGAAGCAGCGCGUAGCACGUGGGGGCGGUGCCGGUCGGAGGGAUCUGCGUCCCCUCGGUUUGUAGAAGGUGAGGCUGGCGGUGGUGACAGCGGAGGACGAGGGGCAGGGCACUGGGGACUGGAGAGACGCUGCGGAGCAGCGAGACUGGCUGAGCGUCAUGGAGGGCUCAGGGGAGCAGCCGGGCCUACAGCCACCGCAUCCCGGGGACCAUCGCAUCCGCGACGGCGACUUCGUGGUGCUGAAACGGGAAGAUGUGUUCAAGGCAGUGCAAGUCCAGCGGAGAAAAAAAGUAACUUUUGAAAAACAGUGGUUCUAUCUGGAUAACGUCAUUGGCCAUAGUUAUGGAACCACAUUUGAAGUGACCAAUGGAGGAAGUCUUCAGCCUAAGAAGAAGAAAGAAGAGCCUACUUCAGAGACCAAAGAAGCGGGCACUGAUAAUCGAAAUAUAAUUGAUGAUGGGAAAUCUCAGAAACUUACUCAAGAUGACAUAAAAGCUUUAAAGGACAAGGGCAUUAAAGGAGAGGAAAUAGUUCAGCAGUUAAUUGAAAAUAGUACAACGUUCCGAGACAAGACAGAAUUUGCUCAAGAUAAAUAUAUAAAAAAGAAGAAAAAGAAAUAUGAAGCCAUCAUUACUGUUGUGAAGCCAUCCACCCGCAUUCUUUCAAUUAUGUAUUAUGCCAGAGAACCUGGAAAAAUUAACCACAUGAGAUAUGAUACACUCGCCCAGAUGUUGACGUUAGGAAAUAUCCGUGCUGGCAAUAAAAUGAUUGUAAUGGAAACGUGUGCAGGCUUGGUGCUGGGUGCCAUGAUGGAACGAAUGGGAGGUUUUGGCUCCAUUAUUCAGCUGUACCCUGGAGGUGGACCUGUUCGGGCAGCAACAGCAUGUUUUGGAUUUCCUGAAUCUUUCCUCAGUGGUCUCUAUGAAUUCCCCCUCAACAAAGUGGACAGUCUCCUAAAUGGAACAUUUUCUGCUGAGAUGUUAUCUUCAGAGCCAAAAGACAGUCCUUUGGUUGAAGAAAGGAAUGGCAUGCUGGAGGAAAAACAGGCUUCAGAACAAGAGAAUGAAGACAGUAUGGCAGAGGCCCCAGAGAGCAAUCACCCAGAAGAACAAGAAACAAUGGAGAUUGUCUCUCAAGAUCCAGAAUUUAAGGAGCCUGAAGAGAAAGGAAGCAGAAAGGAUUAUAUUCAGGAAAAGCAGAGGAGACAAGAAGAGCAGAGGAAAAGACAUUUAGAGGCUGCUGCUCUGCUGAGUGAAAGAAAUGCAGAUGGUUUAAUUGUAGCUAGUCGUUUCCAUCCUACUCCACUGCUGCUGUCUUUGCUGCACUUCGUGGCCCCUUCACGGCCGUUUGUGGUCUACUGUCAGUAUAAAGAGCCUCUGUUGGAAUGCUAUACAAAACUGCGAGAAAGAGGAGGGGUCAUCAACCUCAGGCUGUCUGAAACCUGGCUCAGAAAUUACCAGGUUUUGCCAGACCGAAGUCAUCCCAAACUACUGAUGAGCGGAGGUGGGGGGUACCUUCUCUCAGGCUUCACUGUUGCCAUGGACAACCUUAAAGCAGAGCCCAGCCUCAAAUCCAGUGCGAGCACUUUAGAAUUACACAAGACUGAAGAGCCAGCGGCUAAAAAACGGAAAUGUCCAGAUUCUGACUCUUAACCUUUCAAAAACUGCUUUGAUUUUUGUUCUCAGGCAUUAUACAGUUAGUAAUUAAAUUUAAAUGCCAUUA